AUGAAGAUUACGAGGAAAGUACUGAAUGCCGACGGUCACUCCACCAGAGUAGAGGAUAAAGUAUUAACGAUCAAUAUCAAACCGGGAUGGAAGAGUGGAACGAAGAUAACAUUCCCCAAAGAAGGUGAUCAGCAUCCUGGUCGUGUUCCAGCAGACAUUGUCUUUGUUAUCAAGGUGAGCUUUCUACAAUUAUACUUUUUGGUCAUCGUCGUGUUCAUUGGAUAG